CUAGCACGUGGUUAGUUUUAUUAAUUUUUUAUUUCAUGUGGCACCGUGGGGAGGGGUGCAGGUGGAGGCGGUGAUGGUUGUGCCCUGGUGGGGGAAUCAGCCGGGGUUAAAAUAGUUUGUUCAUAUUUAUAUUUUGAGAAUUCUUGAAAUUAUAAAAGGUGAAGAUCAAAAUUUCUUAUUCAUUUCCCUCUUUCACGUCGCGAGGAGAGAAUUUCUUGUCCCUGGCGCGCUUCAGCAAAGCAACUUCCGGGCUUCGAUACUACAAGUUCUCUGAGCCACUGUAAAGUGCAUUUCAGGCAAUGGAAGAUUCUCUUGCCAGUCAGCUUCCCGAAGCGAAUGCUCUGCCUGAUGGAUUUUCUGAAACGUUUUCUGAAACUUCAAAUUGCACAGCUUCAGCUAGAGAACCUGAUAAAAUUAAAACCCUUGAGCAGGAAGACAAUAUUGUUUUAGAUGGAAUAAAUUCUGUUACCGAGAUCACAACCCAAGAAUCAGAAAUGGUAUCCGCAUUAUAUACUGAUUUGUGCACUCAACAGGCAGCAUCAAUGACACAAGCAACAGAGUUUUGCAUAGGAGCAGGUAGCAGAAAUCCCAUUUCAGGUAACAGAGUGGAGAAAACAGAGAAAGAAAGGAGUUUCCCUGUGCCACUGUCUGAUAAAGAUGCUAAUGACUUUCCCGAUGAUUUGGUUAUAUCAUCAAAGACAGACUGCUUGAUUGACAAAAAAUUAAAACAUGAAAGUGAAAUUCUCGAGAGCAGUGGUCAUGCUACAGAUAAUGGUCAUUUGUCUUCCGACAAAUACCAAAGCCCUCUUGAUGUUCCAUCAUUAUUGUUGACAACUGAAGGAUCAAGUAUGGAGCCACCACAGAACACUGGUUAUACUGAAUUAGGUGGUCUGAAAUCUAAUCAGUCUACGGUGAAUGAACUGGAGAAAGGGGAGGGCAAAGUCUCCCAGGGAACUUAUCGGCAUAAUAGCAAUGACAACUCAAGAUCAUUGAAGCCGGAAAGCAAUUCUGAAAUGAAAGUUAAGCAAACAAAGGGAACAUCAAAGCCUGGAAAGGAGCUAACUGAUUUACAUCAAAAAUAUCUGCAAGUUCUUGCAGAGAGAGACUCUGUGCUUCUAGAAUUGAAGAAGAACAUAUCACUCCGUGAAAAGCUGGAAGCUCUUUGCAGAGAAUUACAGCGCCAGAACAAAAUGCUCACAGAAGAAUGUAGAAAGGUUUCAACAGAAGGGCAGCAGAAAAGGUUGGAACUUUCCAAUAAAUUUCAUGACGCAAUCAAGGAUGUAAGUACCAAGCUUGAGGAACAAAAAGAUGAGCGAAUUUCUCAGCUCAAAGAAAAUGAAAAGCUAAGGGACAGGCUCAAGCAAUUCUCAGAGCAGUAUGAAAUUUGCAAACAGCAAUUUGAACAGCAGUUGAAGAAAAAAACACUAGAGCUUCAACUUGCAGAAAUAAAGCUUCAGCAACAACAAGAGGCUUGCAACCAAGAACAAGCAAAAUCACAGCUAUAUACUGAGCAGAUUACACAGUUACUGACAACUGAGAAAAAUUUACGUUUUCAGUUGGCUGUUGAUGGAGAAAAGUUUCAGGAAUUUCAGGAUACACUAACAAAGAGCAAUGAAGUUUUUGAAUCAUUCAAAAAGGAGAUGGAAAAGAUGGCAAAAACAAUCAAGGACCUUAACAAAGAGAAUAACUUCCUGAAGAGUAAAUGUGAAAAUUCAGAUAUUUCCCUUAUAGAACUCGUAGAUGAGAGAGCAAAGCUGAAGAAACAACUUGAGAAAACAAAGAAUCAAAAAGAAAAGCUUGAGUCCCUGUGCCGCUCACUUCAGGCAGAGCGUAAGCAGCAAGGUGUUGUGAAAGGUGCUAAUGAUACAACCACUGGGGCUUCAUUCAUAAGAGAUCAAUCAACAGGAGAGGAUCCUGGAAAAAGCAUAUAGGUUGUUCACGUCUUUUUAUUUUCUGCAAUAUUUUUCAGUACAGUUUCCAAAGUCAUCCUCUCAUUGAGUGCCUCAGUGAGGAAUACAGAUUUGUGCAAAAUUUGCACUAUCAGAAGCAAUGUCAACAAAUUUACUAUGACAGGCCUAUUAUAUCAAUAUUAUGUACUGAAUGGAUCUGGCAAUUUUGGCAUCAUAACAUAGUUUCAUAUUUGUCUUUUGAGCAGAAAAUAAAAUAUUCAAUUACUUUGCCAUUAUUCUUGGUCAAAUAACUUCCAUCUCCCCUUGGGGAUUUUGUGAUGGGCAACGAACAGAUGUUCUUUAAAGCAAUGUUUUGAAUGUAUUCAAUAUACAAUGGAUGAAAAUAUUUGAGAUUUA